UGUCUCUCUUCCGUGGGAAGCGGAAGCAUCCCUAGGAUUUCGAUUUAUAUCUCGUUUCGUCUCCAUCUAUCGUUUAUUUCUGGUCUGGACUGUGGCUUGCUAUCGCCGGUCGGUCCCCUACCCCGCGAACUUCCCUGGAUAAGCGAUAAAAGCUUGAGUUAAGCUCGAAACAAUGCCUAUCAAUAUCACAAUAGAUCAUACGUCGACUACGAAUGGCUCGUCGUCUUCCUCCCUCGGAUCCGAGGGAGACGAGACGGCGAGCAGCGGUGUGAACGUGGCGAGCCAUCGUUUCGGCCACCCGCAAGCCAUCCCAUAUCUACCUCAACAUGCCCAUUCGCAUCACUCCGUAGGACACCAUCCGCACUACGCUCAUCAUCCCCCCCAUCCACGCACAGAAUACUCGACAAAUCAUUCGGGGGAUUCGUUCGAGCAGGACGGGGAUGGUUGGGAAGAGGUAGGCGAGGACGACAUCGUGCCAUCGGACUCAGCGUCUCGUCCGCGUACUUCCAGUCGGUCAGCUCCUAUUCACCGUGCAGCGUCGCGCCGUAUGAGCCCCCAUCGUAGUCACCAUGCUUCUCCUCCGACCACCGCGGCGCGGUCUCACCGUGUCAGUGCACGACACCAGGCGGCAGCUCCUGCACCAACCACUCCGGCCCACUCGUCUCAUUCCGACAGUGAUACCGAAGAGAUCCCGACGUACGGCCGAGGCCUUGCGUCGGCUCCUCUUGGCCCUGCACAUGGUUGGCCGCCUGGCGCUACUCCUGCUUAUGGGCCGUACGGUAUGGACCCGCGAGUAGACCCUCGAAUGGAUCCUCGAAUGGCAAUGGAUCCUCGGAUGGACCCGCGGAUGGACCCUCGGAUGGCGAUGGACCCUCGGAUGGAUCCCCGGAUGGACCCUCGGAUGGCGAUGGACCCUCGGAUGGACCAUCGUAUGGACCCUCGAAUGGACCCCCGAAUGGCCAUGGACCCUCGUAUGGAUCCCCGGAUGGACCCCCGAAUGGACCCUAGACAUGAUCCUCGACACGAUCCGCGACAUGAAGCGAGGGACCCUCGGGAUCCUCGCGAUCCCCGAGACCCCAGAGACCCCAGAGACCCUCGGGAUCCGCGGGACCCUCGGGAUCCUAGAGACCCUCGCGCUGCGGCACAAAAUCAGUUUGCGCUUGUUCCAAGCAGCCAAGGACAUUACUCGCCGAUGGGUGCUCCUCCUCCAAACCCUUUCGAUCCUCACGGUUACCCUCCGCACGCAUACCCAGGACAACCACCCCAUCACCCGGCGGCCGCACAUCCAGGACAAAUCACACCCUAUCAUUACGGACAACAGCCACACCACGACCCGCGCUACCCUCCACACAUGCAAGAUCCACGGCACGACCCACGACACGACCCACGGCACGACCCACGGCACGACCCCCGCCACGAUCCCCGCCACGACCCACGACACGAUCCCCGUCACGACCCACGCCAGGAUCCACGACACGAUCCGCGGCACGAUCCACGCCACCAAGACCCGCGACACCACGACCCACGACACCACGACCCGCGACACCCCACCUCUCCACUCUCUCCUCGAAUGCACCAGCAAAACAUGCAGAACGGCAUGUAUGGUUCACCUUACGGUUCUCCAUACGGUUAUCAACCAUAUGGACCCUACAACCAAGGCUACUUUUCUGGCGCAUUCUCCGGCCAUCCGGGUCAUCCGCAACAGAUGAUGAUCUUGGGUCCUGGUGGGCACCCAGUCCCUUUUCCUGGAACAGCAUCGCCUGGUGGCCCUGGAAGCGACACUGACAAGCCUCCGGAGAAAACAGCAGCAGAGUUGCAGGCUCAGGAGCGACUGGAGAUGCUCCAAGCUGAAAAGAAACUUCGGCAGGAGAUGCUUGACGACGAGAGGAAAUGGCACUUGGAAAAGAUUGAGCGCCAGAGGCAGGCGGAGGAGGAUGCUAGGCAACGGGAGGAGGACGCUCGGCAGAAGAAAGAGGAAGCUCGGUUGAAGGAAGAGGAAGAGGCACGCGCGAAGGCCGAGGCCGAGGCGGCGGCGGCAAAAGCGAAGGAGGAGGCUGAUGCGGCUGCCGCUAAAGCAAAGGAGGAGGCUGAUGCGGCUGCCGCUAAAGCAAAGGAAGAAGCAGAAGCGUUGGCAGCACAGGCUCUGGCCGAGGCUGCUGCUGCGGCCAGGGCGAGGCAGAAGGCUGUUAUCAAGUUCCGUGACGCGGUUGGAAGAAAGUUCUCAUUUCCCUUUGAGCUCUGCCGAACAUGGAGUGGUAUGGAAGAAUUGAUCAAGCAGGCGUUCCUUCACGUGGACCUCAUCGGACCCCAUGUGAUCGACGGACACUACGAUCUUCAUGGGCCCGCCGGCGAGAUCAUCCUCCCGCAGGUGUGGGAGUCCGUGAUCGAGCCGGACUGGUUCGUCACCAUGCACAUGUGGCCGAUGCCGGAGCCGCCUCCACCACCUCCACCACCACCACCACCACCUCCGGAGCCCGAACCAGUGCCCGAACCCGAGCCUGAACCCCCAAGGGAGCCAACCCCUCCACCUCCACCUCCUCCACCUCCACCUCCGGAGCCGGAACCCGCUCCUGCCCCCCCUCCACCAGCUCCCGAAAUCGUGGUGGUCGCUGAGCCCGAGCCCGCUCCUGCUCCCCCACCGCCUCCCCCUCCUCCUCCUCCUCCGCCUCCCCCUCCAGUGGUCGAGAUCAUCACCAUCGCACAGCCCGCCUCGCCACCCCCACCCCCUCCUCCCCCGAUCGACGCACCCCCGCGCCGCCUGCCUCCCAUGGUGGUCACCGCACCCGACCCACACCCACCGCGCCCCAAGCCGCAGCCCAGCAUCCCGCCGCUGCUCAUGUGGACCGCCGGCCGCUACAACAAGAGCCGCAAGCGGUAAACUAACCUUCCACACUUCUGGAGGACACAUUUACCGAGUGGAUUUCUUUGGUUUUGGUUUUGGGGGUUUCUCUUUUCUCAUCUCACGGUUGUCUUGUCUUGCUUGUCUGUUUGUCUGUUUGUCUGCUUAAGGGGCGAGCAUUUACACGGGCUGGGCUG